AUGCAAGUAACCUUCAGAGACUUGAAGAAGCAGACGGUGCAGGUCGACGUCGAGCCCUCCGACUUGGUCCUGCUGGUGAAAGAGAAAGUUGCCGCCGCCAAGGAUGUUGAUCCACUGCAAUUGAAGUUCGUCUACUCGGGCAAAGUGCUCCAGGACGAGAAGCAAUUGCAAGAUUUCAAAAUCAAGGAAGGCGACUCCAUCAUCUUCAUGGUCGGCAAGAAGAAAACACCUACUCCUCAGCCCACUGAAAGCAAGCCAGAGACCAAGGCUCCAGAGGCUAAGGAGUCUACACCAGCUGCUUUUACUGAAGCCCAGGCUCCUCAGGCUGCUGAGAGCACUCAGGGCGGCUCCACGGCUGCUGACUUUAGCUCUGGCUCUGAAAGAGAAGCUGCCAUCCAAAACAUGUUGGAAAUGGGCUACGAACGUCCUCAGAUAGAACAGGCCUUGCGUGCUGCGUUUAACAACCCCCACAGAGCCGUUGAGUACUUGCUUACAGGAAUUCCCGAGUCUUUGGCUGCUCCUCAGCCCGCUCAGGCUCCUGCUGCCGCUCCGGCUGCCACAGCCCCUUCUGCUGAAGCUGAUGUUUCCAGAGAGGAGGACCCAGAGGCCCACGAGAACUUGUUUGAGGCUGCCGAGGCUGCUGCUGCUGGUGAGUCGGGUGCUGAAGCCCCUGAAGAGGCAAAUCUCGACGACCACAGCAGCCAAUUGGCCACGAUCCGUGCUGCGCUCCAGAACAACCCCGAGUUGAUCCAGCCCAUGUUGGACCAGCUUGCGGCAUCGAACCCUCAGAUUGCUGAGAUGAUCGAGCAAGACCCAGAGGGCUUUAUGAGACACUUUUUGGGCACCGGCGGCGACGACGAUGAUUUGGGCUUCGAGGUGGAAGGUGAAGGCGAGGGCGACCAGGAGCCUGGCACCGUCCGCAUUGCAUUGACAGAGCAGGACGAGAGCGCCAUCAACCGCUUGUGUGAGUUGGGCUUCGAGCGCAACUUGGUGAUCCAGGUCUACAUGGCUUGCGAGAAGAACGAAGAGGUGGCCGCCGACAUCUUGUUCCGUGACACAUAG